AUGAGAAACAUUGGAGUGCCCGAACCCCCCAAUUUAAGCCCGAACUCGCAGGCAUUCGACCAGCCGACUCGUCCGUCGCAGAUCGAUUAUUCGCAGAUCGUCAGGGCUCCCUUGUCCCGAUCGUCUCAAGGGCUCUCGCUGAGCAAUCAUGGCUCCACUCAGUUGUCGUUUGGAUCGGGAGACUUCAGCGACCCGGAUGGAGUUGAGAACAUGGCAAAGAGGAUUUUACUUGAAGAUCCCGAGCUGGCCGAACUGCUCCGAUCGCCUAGUACGGAAUCCCGGGAAGGAAAAAGCAAACAUCCAUUUGUGCCUGCCAGCAGACUCAGUAGUAGGCCAUUUGGAAUGGGCAUGCAGAAGGAUUCCCUGGGGAGAGUGUCCAACAUGCAAGCAAGGGCAAGUACUUCAGAAGCCAUCACUCCACUUCUCCAUUCAGAGCAAGAUGCAUCAAGUCAGUUAAGGAUUGGAGGUGAGAGUAGCCCUAGCCCAAGUUACUCUCCGUUGCCAUUUACUCAGGUAGAGGAGACACCGGCACAGGAACCUCCUUCCCGAGAUGAGCCGAGUGGCAAUCGGACGUUGUCUCCUGCUGUGAAUUUUGGAAGAUUGGAUUCUACCCUUGCACCAACCAAAGGGUCCCAGUUUGGUCCAGGACAUAAUGCUCAGGUGCAGUCAGACCUUCUCAGAACCACACCAGCUGACCCAUAUCAUCGCAUCUUCCCCUUUCCAUACUUUAAUCGCAUCCAGUCGACUGUGUUCGAUGACACAUUCCUCUCAGAUGACUCCAUUGUUGUCUCAGCUCCAACUGGAGGAGGGAAGACGGUCAUCUUUGAACUUGCCAUCAUCAGACUCCUCAUGAAUUCUGGUCGGGACAAGACCCGACCAAAGAUGAUCUAUAUGGCUCCAAUGAAGGCCCUGUGCAAGGAGCGCAUGGAUGACUGGUCCGAGCGAUUCACAUCCCUCGGAGUGAAGGUCAAGGAGGCGACAGGGGACUCGGACGAGGGGGAGUACAUGCUCCUUCAGGAGGUGGACCUCCUCCUCACAACCCCUGAGAAGUUUGACUCCAUCACCCGCCACUGGCGGGACAACCAGCGGCUCGUCCAGCUCGUCCAUCUCUUCAUGAUUGAUGAGGUGCAUUUACUGAGCAGUGAAGAUAGAGGUCCAACAUUAGAAGCAGUGGUGAGUAGAAUGAAGACGAUCCAGAAAACCAAGGACUCUGCUCUGUCUCCUGUGCGCUUCAUUGCUGUUUCUGCAACGAUCCCCAACAUUGAAGACAUCUCUCAAUGGUUGAGUUCUGUGGACCGACCAGCAAAGCAUUUUGUCAUGGGAGAUGAGGUGCGUCCCGUGCAGUUGCGGAAGGUGGUCCUGGGCUAUGUCUACCACAGGUCCAGCACAGAGUUCAAGUUUGAUUACUCCCUUUCAUACAAGCUCCACAAUGUUAUCAGCAUGUAUUCAGAGGGCAAACCUACUCUGGUGUUCUGCAGCACAAGGAAAAGCACACAGCAAACAGCCAAUGUAUUAGGAAAUGAGAUGCACUUCCCCAUGCCCAUGAAUCAGAAGCAGAUGUUGAUCAAUGCCGCCAAUUCCAUCCGAGACUCCAAACUCAGAGAUCUUCUCAUGAAAGGAAUCGGUUUUCACCAUGCGGGUCUUGCCGUGUCCGAUCGGCACACCCUCGAGGAUCUCUUUACCUCGGCGAACCUCCCCGUUUUGGUUGCCACAUCCACAUUGGCAAUGGGAGUGAACCUCCCGGCGCACCUGGUGGUGAUCAAGGGGACGAGCCAGUACGUGUCCGGGAGCUGCACGGAGUACCCGGACUCCCAGGUGCUGCAGAUGAUGGGGCGGGCCGGGCGGCCCCAGUUCGACGUCUCGGCCACGGCCGUCGUCAUGACCAAGUCCUCGCUCAAGGAGAAAUACGAGCACCUGGUGCGAGGGGACCAGGUGAUCGAGAGCUCUCUGCACCGCCACCUGCGGGAGCACCUGAACGCGGAGAUUGUGCUGGGGACGAUCACGGACCUGGCCGUGGCGGUGCAGUGGAUCCAGAGCACGUUCCUCUACGUCCGGAUCCUGGCGAACCCGAGGUUCUACAGCAUCCCGGCGAAUACGGAUAAGAAGGCGCUGGUCAACAGACUCCAAGACAUGUGUAUGAAGGAGAUCAAUGCCUUGGAAGGUGCAGGAUUGGUGCUGCUAGACGAGGUCACGUCCGAGCUCCGGCCCACCGACACCGGUCGGCUCAUGGCCCGGUACUACAUCAACUUUGACACGAUGCUGAGCUUCACCCAGAUGACUGGGGAUGAAGACCUGUCACAGCUGUUGGCUGUGGUGUGUGGGUCAUCAGAGGUGCAGGAGAUUCCACUGCGGGUCAGCGAGAAGCGGACCCUGAACACACUCAACAAGGACAAGCACCAGCCCACGGUCCGGUUCCCCCUGCAGGGGAAGGUAGCCAGCCCCCAGGCCAAGUCACAGAUAUUGGUCCAGGCUGUCUUUGGCUGCCUUCCGAUUCAAGAUGUCUCCUUGAACCAAGAUACCAUUCGGGUGAUGCGCAAUGGGCAGCGUAUUGCACGAUGUUUAUGUGAAUACUUGUGGAAGGAGGGACGAUACAAGAUCCUGCUGAAUGCGGUGACUCUCGCGAAAUGCUUUCGGGCUCGGCUGUGGGAGGACUCGCCUCAUGUGGCUCGGCAGCUGGAUCGCGUGGGACCCACGUUGGCCGCUUCCCUCGCCGAUGCAUCCUAUGACUCCUUCCUGAAGAUUGAGGAGGCUGAACCACGAGAUCUUGAAAUGAUUGUAAACAGAGGGCCUCCAUUCGGGAACCACCUACGAGAAGCGGCAGCAUACAUGCCCAAGUAUGAGCUUCACGUGAACCAGGAGGAACCGUACGGCACAGAGCUUGCCCGAGUGGUGGUUUUGCUCCACCUGGUCAAUUGGGUGGGCCUGGAGACCCACCACACCCUCCCACUCUCCCACUCCACCAUCCUCCUAGUUGGGGAUGAGGACAACAACAUCCUCCUCUCUCAUCGUACCACAGAUUGGACUCUGAUCAAAGGGGGUGGUUCCCUCACUCGAAGACUCCAGGUGAAGAGAUCUUCUCAGGGAGAUGAACUCAUGUUCCAUGUCAUCAGUGAAAGCACAGUUGGCCUGGACAUCAAUGCAGCUUGGACACCGGUCUAUGUGAAAGGAACUGAAGAUAGGAACCAGAAGACUCUUCAAUCUCAUGUGGAUUCCAUCCCAUCUGGCAAUGCAAAUUGGCUCCAAGAAGUUUUAUUUGGGACCAGGUCUAAUGGGGAAAGCUUGAGGUGCACCAGUGGUGCACCUCAUGCUAUUGAAAUUUCUCCAAUAGUGAAAAGAAAUGUUUUCUUCAUGCUGAAGCCAGGCUCCUCAAUAAGUUUUAAUUUCUCCAAUAGUGAAAAGAAAUGUUUUCUUCAUGCUGAAGCCAGGCUCCUCAAUGUGGAUUUUUUAAAUGUUACAUUGGAUUUGCAUCAGGCAUUUUAUUUCCUAUUUUCCAUCCUAAAACUUGCAAUAAGUAGCACUCAGUUCAAAGAAUGUCAAAACAAACUUUCCCCACAUGAAGUCACACUCCAUCUCAAGCAGAGAGACACCCGAGAGAGAGAACAUUCUGCAUCUCCCCUUUGUCAUCAACCAAUCUCACGACACAUGGUCAAGUUCCCUCCCAUCACAAAUGAUGCAGCAAAAAAAAUACCUACCAAUGAUGGCAGAAGUACAGAGAUCAGGGGGUGCUCCCACUGUCCCAAGAGCUGGACCAUGGUUCCCGGCGGAAGAAACCCAAAGGACCCCUUCCUUGUACACAACAUCCUUCACCAGCUCUCCAAUCCUCCUAAAAUGAAAGAACCAACUGGUUCACCUUGGUGCAACUAUGAAGGGAUUCACUUUUUUUAUUUCCACCUGAUCCACCCCCUUAGCAUUGAUCUUAGCCAUGACAUCACGAGUGCUCAAAACACCCCUGCUACAGUGGGAGGAGGGAAUGAGAAAUGGAAAAUAAAAUCAAGUGCCACACAAAAACUUACCCUGAAUGUGCAAAUAGUACUCAGUUCGGAAAAUGUCAAGAAUGUCAAAGUUCCCUCCUUCAUACCUCUAAUGGACACCCAGACAGACAUGACUGACAAAUUAUUAACACAUCAGGGCUUCCAGUUCACACAUGAAAAUGUUAGCCACCUAAUUACACAAGAUGGAAAAUUCUGGCUUUGGAAUUCACUCAUUCUUGGUCCAUGCAAUGAAGAAAGAAGGAGUUGCCUCAUGAAAUGCUUUGCCUCAACCGAAAUGUCAUGGGCUGGUGAAGACUCAAUGGCAAGGAAUAUGUUCUUCAAAUCUAACCUAUACCAAAGAAGGAAGAAGGAGACUUCAAUCCCAGAAAUGUGGUACAUACAACACAAAUGUUGCUCAGGUUUUGUGGGCAACAUGGAGCAAUGCAGUAAUGAGAUUUGUACAAAAAAGGACUCCCAACUAUUACCCAAUAAAUCUUUGCUCUUCAACUAUUUUCACAAAAUUUGCACGACUUACAUGAAAAAUUCCAAAAUUUUGAACUUUCACUUGAAUUCGUUAUGCUUUGACGAUUACUCAAAGGAAAAUAUUGACACUGGAUACAGGAUUCAGAAAGAAGCCCAUUCUGAGAGUGGAGUUUUGAAAGCAGCUUCAUGCUGUGUCCUCAAGGAUAAUGAACAUGACAGUCACACGGUCACCAUUCUCCUGUGUCAGUGGCCUGCCAGGGUCAUCUUUGAUAUUGCUUUCUCUCCUUUUGUAUUUGAUGAAUCAGAUAAAUACAUUGGCUCUGGAAAGGGCACAUUCACCAAUAGCAGUCAGAAAGGAGACAAGAAGUUGUAUUAUUUGUUCAAACAUGCCUCUCAUCUAUCCAAGAGGUCAUCUUUAAUCAUCAAACUUCACUAUCUCAAAACUUUCCAAGCAACUCUCAAAUCAGUACCCAAGAUGAGAUGCAAGGAAGUGCUCUGCAAUCUCCCUAUCACUGAUGUACUGGCCAUCCUUUCUCAGGUCUUCAACUGGUUCCUGUUCCUUCUGACGAAAAGAGAAAAGCAGGGAGAGGAGACUCCAGGUCUUCUGUUCCUGGAUGAAGGAGGCAUGGACCUUUGA